AACAUUUUAACCGAUAUUUUAGAAUUAUCAGCUAAAUGAUGGGGCCAAUAAGACUUCUACUGAUUAUGUUCCAUGAUUAUGGAAAAGACAAAAGGAAACUAUGUGGAAAUUCUCUUAAACUAUAAAGACCAACACAGAUUUUUGAAAAAUUAUAAAAAGGAUCACUUUAUUUAAUUACUAUUGUAUAUCUACUAUAAGUAAGCCAUUGCAGCAGUUAGAGAAAAAGAGUCCUCAGCCCUGCUCUCAAGAAGGCAAAAGUCCUAUGGCAAAAGACCUGUACCUUUCCAGUUUCUUCAUUCCUAUCAUUUUAUGGUCCCUGACAUUGAUCAGAGAGUGUAGCCACCAAAAAGCAAAGCCUUGACUGUCCCCUUCUCCAAGAUUAAGAUAUGGAACAGUUAACAGGAGGUUGAAAAGAAUCAGGAAUGUUUUAUUACUUUUGCUACCUCAAUUUUUCCUCUUCCUCUGUAGGGACUUGUGUGCCCCAACUUGUUUGGGGACUUGUGUGUCUUCUUGGGAAAUACAACACGUUGGGAAACUUUUAAAAAGGCCAUGGUAGAGGCCCGGGAAAGGAAAUACAGAGUUGCUGGUAUAUCUUCUUUAAUAUCAGGUUGUUUGGGGGAAGUAACGGGUCUUUUUGAAGUUUCUGCAUUUUGUGGUUUAUCUCAGGGUGGAAGUCAUGAUAGGGUGGAUAAGGAGAAUGUAUGUUUGGCUUCGCAUAAUGUACUUUUUGGGACCUUAAGCAUAGUGAUAGGCAGCUACAUUCAAAGCUAGGUUUGAAGCAGUGAAGGAAUCCUAUGUAAAAGAAGUUUACAAAAAAUUACAGUGUCUGAAGUCAUGACAGGACAGGCGUUUAGAAAGUUUACUUCCCUCUUUGACCGGUUUUUAGUUGAAAAGAGUGCAGCUGAAACUGUUACCAAAGGAGGCAUUAUGCUUCCAGAAAAAUCUCAAGGAAAAGUAUUGCAAGCAACAGUAGUAACUGUUGAACCAGGCUCUAAAAGAAAGGGUGGAGAGAUUCAGCCAGUUAGCGUGAAAGUUGGAGAUAAAGUUCUUUUGCCAGAAUAUGGAGGCACCAAAGUAGUUCUAGAUGACAAGGGCUAUUUCUUACUUAGAGAUGGUGACAUUCUCGGAAAGUAUGUAGAUUGAAAUAAAUCAUUAUUGAAUGGCAUCACAUGAAGCUGCCCAUUCCACUGAGGCUGUGAAAUCUUUCAUGUAAAUAAUUUUCAUGCCUCCUUUAUAAUAAAUGAAUGGUAUCCAAACUAAGCGAAAAAAACCAAACAAAAACCAGGUUUACAAAUAGUGAAAAUCAGGGUGUGAUUAGUGCAAUGGUAUUCUAGAGAAGGGAGGCUGCUAUUAGUCAUGUGGGAACAGAACAUAACAGGACACUUAUUUUUGCAAAAAGCAAAUGACAAUAAACAAUGACACAGUAGUGAAGACAGUGGGGUAUGGAAAAACAUAGGACUACAGAUCAAGAAAUCCUCUCCAUGUGAUCCUGGCCAAAUCGCUUUCACUUCUGGGGGCUCUUUAUCCCCAUUUUUUUUUUUUAGACAGAGACAGCACAAGUGGGGAAGGGGCAGAGAGAGGGAGGGAGAGAAUCCCGACCGAGCAGGCUCCACACUGUCAGCACAGAACCCGAUGCAGGACUUGAACCCACGAAGCCAUGAGAACAUGACCUGAGUCAAAACCAUGUGUUGGAUGCUCAACCAACUGUGCCACCCAGGUGCACCUCCCUUUAUCCCCUUCUUAAUUCACCCUGUCCUUCAUUCUUCUUUAAUUAGUAUUAACUGCAUUCACCUUCUAAUGGUCUAGUUACAAUUGCUAGCCACUCCUUAAACCAGGCCACUUUGCAACUUGAAUUACCUCAUUGAAACUUGAAUCUGAUUUCACAACUUCAUGACUUUCCUUUUGCUGACAAACGCCUUCACAUGAUCUAUAGCUCCAUAUCCACCCUCUCAGAUGACCACCCCUGCCAACACCGAUGCCUUAUGCAUUCACCUCCACCUCCUCCCUUGACUUUUGGCACUAAAACGUAUACUUUUUGUUUUGUUAUUUUUAAGAUCACCACAUGUAAGGGUGCCUGGUGGCUCAGUUGGUUGAGCCUCGGGCUCUGUGCUGACAGUGUGGAGCCUGCUUAGGAUUGUCUCUCUCUCUCUUUCUCUCUCUCUCAAAAUAAAUAAAUAAACAUUAAAAAAAUAAAGCGUUACAAUCACCACAUAUACUUGCCUAUUAACACUCCUUAGAAUGAUUUUCUUCCCUUCUUCCUGUAUCUGGCAAACCUGUGUUAGCCUGCAAUACUCACCUCGAGUCACAUGUUCUCAGUGAAAUCUUUCUUGACUGAAUGAACUGGUCCUUCUCUAACAGUAAUGGACUAACUACUUCUAGAUGGCAGCGGGGUUUUUCUUUUUGAAGACUUUUCUGGAAUUUCCAGGCCAAGUGGGUGGGCAGCCCUAUUAUUGGCAGCCCUAUUAUGCUUCCAAAUAAAUUCUCCUCUUUACUUUCCUGGAGGUAGAAAGGAUAGUUCUUGGGUGUUCUUGGGCUAGUCUCUUUACAUGAAUGCUUAAACAACAGGGAUUACAAAGAGGCUCACAUUUUACAGCAGGCAAAAUGCUCACCCUCUUUUGUACUUGCAAGCUCUUAAAAGAUCUCUUGCUGGAAGACUGCCCACUUGUUCAAUCAUUGUAAAUUAAAGCAAAAAUUUUCAGAGGUUACCAUUACUCCUUUGAAAAAUUUUCUGAGAGCACCUUUUCAUCAUUUGGAGACCAGUAAAAUUUCCCUCCAACGUUCAACAGAGUUCCUGACAGAGCAGCGAGCUUUAACAGGCAAUCCCAGGGGCAUUCAUUAAACCAAGAAAAAGUAAGUAGUGAGGCCAGACCCACUUCUAGUGAUAACUAAUGGCACAAUGUUCUGUUUCUGUAGUACUUUCUCUCUCCUUUAACUCUUUAAAUCUCAUUUUAAGUCACAGAAACUAUCUCUACUAUAGUCAUUAGACCUGGAUUCUGAUACAGUAGACAAGAUACACGAUCCAUUUUUUCACUUUGAUCUCUAAAUUUAUAAUUAUUAUUUAUUAUUUAAUUAUUCCAAAGUUCUUCCUCCCCCCCCCCCCCCCGUUUUCUUCCCAUCCCAAACAAGUCCAUUAUUGAAUUUGGUCUUUUUCAUGCCAGAGAAACUUCACACCUCCUGGCUGAUGAGCAAGUGAAAACAUGAUGAUCCUUGCUUUCUCAACUGGAAGCGCAAGUAUUACGUGGUUAAAGGGAGUUCCCUAAAUUUCGGAGGCAAAUGAGAUAGGAGCUAGAAAAGGCUCUGAUGCAAGUGAUUAGAUCCAAGGUAACUCUUUGUCCCGAAUCAGGCAGCUUUCUGCAUAGUUUGCACUUUGUAAUGCAUCAAGUUCAGAAAUGCCAUGGUCACAGGUAGUGCUCCCUUCUCAAGGCCAUCUCCUAUUAGCAGUAAAUUGUGAGAGCGACCUUUCCUCUUUCAUCUUAGUCUCUUUGUUUUGAAAAAGAGUAAUUCAACUCAAUAAAAUGGCGAGUCAGCUAUCCCUUUGUAAUUAUACCAGGAAGGCCUUGUGACUAAUUAUUUCAUUUAUCCUAGCAGCAGAAGUUUAAGUACCCAGGAAGGUGAUAUAGGCAAUGUUUCCCAAAUAGGAUUAGUGUCCAACCCUUGGGAAGGCUUUUGCUGUGUCAGGACUUCCUACUCAAUCCUAGACCUUCAGAUUUCUGGAGGGAUGGUGACUCAGACCAUUUUUUAAAAAGUUUUCCAAGCCUAGGGCAUCAGUUGGUUAAGUGUUGGACUCUUGAUUUCAGCUGAGGCCAUGAUUUCACAGUUUGUGGGAUCGAGCCCCAUGUUGGGCUCUCUGCUGACAGUGUAGAGCCUUCUUGUUAUUCUCUCUCUUCCUCUCUCUGCCUCUCCCCUGCCUGUGCUCUCUCUCUCUCUCUCUCAAAUUAAAAAUAAACUUUGAAAAACAAAAGUUCC